GCAGGCACACAUAUAAGUGUGGUUGGUACCUACAGACAGAACCCAGGUUGUGUUCGCUGAGCAAAAGCUGAGCUCUGCUGCCCACAGCUCCUCCAGCCACCAUGAAGACCACGGGGUUCCUGCUGCUGCUCUCUCUGGCUCUUUUCUGCAUCUCAGUUCCAGCUACUGAUGCUCUGCAGAGUGCAUCUGCCUACUGCGGGAACCAGAGGGCUCCCAGGAAUUUUUGCACCAUGGAGUACAUGCCCCACUGCGGGUCCGACGGCGUCACCUACUCCAACAAAUGCAUGUUCUGCAACGCCUACGCGAGAAGCCGUGGAGUUCUUGGCUUGAGAUCUAUUAAUGCAUGUUAAGUGCUCAACAGGACUCAGCUGAGAAAGAGCAUCCCUCCCUGGCAAUGUUCCCCAUGGCAGAUGACUUCCUAAACCCUUGACCUGACCCUUGAAAACCUCUUAUCAAUCCUGAAACCUCUGCUAAUAAAAAUAAAUAAAAAAAAAAA